AUGGAUAAUACUUUGGACCGCGCUCCGUCUCCCGGCAAUGUGGAUGAUCUGUUCGACUACGACGCCGGCCUCGAUGAGAUCUUCAAAGACAACCCAACUACUGCGUCUAACGCCGAUGCCUCCAAACCGGCCACGGGCGAUCCCACUGCGUUAGGUCUCGGACUUGACGAGGAAGUCAAAGUCACUAAGAAAAGACAGCCUGCACCAAAGCUCGACGAAGCACGCCUACUAUCACAGCCAGGAAUCCCCAAGUUACGCCGCACAGCCAACCGUAAGCUUAGAUUCAAGGGCAAAGGCUACGAGUUCCAAGACGCCGAGCGACUAUUAAACUUCUAUCAACUAUGGCUCGAUGACCUCUACCCACGCGCCAAAUUCGCAGACGGUCUGACCAUUAUCGAGAAACUGGGCCACACCAAGCGCAUACAGACUAUGAGAAAAGAGUGGAUCGAUGAGGAGAAACCGAAAUUGUUCGGUGAUACGAUCGACCUGCCCGACACCCGUGAUCUUUCCACCGAUCAAAAUGGUGCAGACACAUCAGCAUCGCGAGCUUCCGCUCCGUCUGGACAGGUGGUAUCAGACACGGCCGAUCAAGACUUGUUCAUGCCAGAUCCCGAGGCAGAGACUAGGCCUCCAGUCAGUCACCCCGAGCCCGAUGAUGACGACCUUGAAGAUCUUCUCCGAGAGCAAGACGAGGUCAUGUCCGGGAUGCCAGAGCCAGCCUCGAAAGCUCCCGAUGAAGGCAUGGAUGACUUUGACGCCGAAUACGAAGCUAUGAAUGACUUGGGCAUGUAG